AAUAAUCUUCGAAAUCUUGGAAAUUUUGGAAAUGAGAUGAUUUCUAUACGAUUAGGAAACAUAUUUACUUAAGAAUUCUAAUGUUAUAUCGAAAAAGUAACUUUGGAAAAACGUUUAAAGUUUAUUGAUAGAUAUCCCUAUCAAUUUUUUUAGACACGAUUAGCGAUAGGAUCGAUUCACGAAAAUUCACGAACUCACCGAUUUCUGUAUCCGAUCCUAAGAGAAAAUCGCGAGGGGGGAAACAAACUUUCGUUGAAACUUUUUUUAAACUUUACCGAAAGAUUUCGUGUGCACGUCGAAAACAGGAUGGUGGGACGCGAUUAGCGAUGGGUAUGAACGCUCGAUCAACACGGAGUUCCGGAAACGGAACUCGACGAUACCCACCCCCGCUACUUUCUCCCGAAUCGCGAACCCUCCUCUCGAAACUUGGAAAACGCUUAAAACUUUCUCGAACGGGACGGCAAUCUUUUAAGAAUGAAAUUGGCCGAGAAGUUGGAGCAGGAAAGGAAUCGAAUGGCCAUCGCUAUGCACGGUCGCGAGGCUUGCGCCAACUCCAUCACCACCACCACCUCCACCACCACCACCACCACCGCUACCAGGCAAACGCGCACCUCGACUCCGUUCCACCUCUACCGCCUCCAUCAGUCGACCCCGUGCAACGCGGCUCGCCGGCCGCCGCGCGAAAAUUUUACCCUCUUGCCCGCCUCGAUCUGCGCGCGAUCCCUUUCUUCGCCUUUCCGCGACGCAGUCGCGCGUCCUUGCGAAUCGUCCUUUUUUUUUGCCGGCCAGUGAUCUCCUUUUCCACCCUUCCAACGAACGAAACCACCGAGACGAAGAAGAAGAAGAAGAAGAAGAAGAAGAAGAAGAGACGAGCGAAGAAGAGAAUUUCGAAAGAGAGAGAGAGAGGAAAAUAAAAUACGAAAAAGAGGUGAUAUCGAGCGCGCGUGCGUGUAUAUAUAUAUAUAUACAUAUAUACAAAAGUUGUUGUACAUACAAUCCAUAGAUAUAUAGGUGCGUGUUAAGGUCACGGUGAAUUAGAUAGAGCGACGAGAGUGAGAGAGGAGGGACACGGGGAGACACGGCGUGGUUAGAGAGCGGAGGCGAACGGAGAGGAGGAGGAGGAUUCCGCGCAAAAGCCGGCUCCCACGGCCGGUCCCCCACUCGCUAACUUGUUGAGCCUCUCUCUCUCCUUCCUCGCCAGGAUAUACACACACACAUACACACACACAUACACACAUAUCCUCCUUCUGCCUGGAAUAAAAAAAAAGAAAAACCUACUCCUAAAAACCAUCCAUCCACCCCCAUCAUCGACAUGACGACGAGGAUCCUGCUCCUGUUCCUCCUUCUCUCCUCGUGCACAGGCCCGGCCAGGGGCAACGCAGUGUCCUCGCAGAGGGGCAACGUGCACAACGAUCCCCUGGUCGUCGAGACGACCAGCGGCCUCGUGCGCGGCUUCCCCCGCACCGUGUUGGACAAGGAGGUGCACGUGUUCUACGGGAUACCGUUCGCCAAACCCCCGAUCGGCCCCCUCCGUUUCAGGAAACCGUUGCCGAUCGAGCCGUGGCACGGCGUGUUGAACGCGACCGUGUUGCCAAACAGUUGCUACCAGGAGAGAUACGAGUAUUUCCCCGGCUUCCCGGGGGAGGAGAUGUGGAACCCGAACACCAACAUAUCCGAGGACUGUUUGUACCUGAACAUAUGGGUGCCUCAGAAGUACAGGCUCAGGCACAAGGGUUCCGGGGACGGUUCGCCGGGGAGCAACGGGGGCCCAAGGAACGGCCUGCUCCCCCUGUUGGUCUGGAUCUACGGGGGCGGGUUCAUGAGCGGCACGGCAACCCUGGACGUGUACAACGCGGACAUAAUGGCAGCUACGAGCAACGUGAUAAUAGCCUCGAUGCAGUACAGGGUGGGCGCGUUCGGCUUCCUGUACCUGAACAAGCAUUUCACGAACAGCGAGGAGGCGCCCGGGAACAUGGGGCUUUGGGAUCAGGCGCUCGCCCUGAGGUGGCUGAGGGACAACGCCGAGGCGUUCGGCGGGGACCCGGAGUUGAUCACGAUCUUCGGCGAGUCGGCGGGCGGCAGCUCCGUCUCCCUGCACCUCAUCUCGCCCGUGACCAGGGGCCUGGUGCGCCGCGGUAUACUGCAGAGCGGCACCCUCAACGCUCCCUGGAGUUACAUGAGCGGGGAGAAGGCGAACGAGGUCGCGAGGAUACUGGUGGACGAUUGCGGAUGCAACUCGACCAUGCUGAACGAGAAUCCGGCAAGGGUGAUGGCGUGUAUGAGGUCCGUGGACGCCAAGACCAUUUCCGUUCAACAGUGGAACAGUUAUUGGGGAAUUCUAGGCUUCCCCUCGGCGCCGACCAUCGACGGUAUCUUCCUUCCCAAGCAUCCUCUCGAUCUGCUCAGGGAGGCCGACUUCAAGGAUACCGAGAUACUUAUCGGUAACAACGAGAACGAGGGAACUUAUUUCAUCCUUUACGACUUCAACGAUAUUUUCGAGAAGGACCAGGCCAGUUUCUUGGAACGAGAAAGAUUCCUUGGUAUUAUUAACAACAUCUUCAAGAACAUGUCUCAAAUUGAACGAGAAGCUAUUACUUUCCAGUACACGGACUGGGAGGAAGUGUACAACGGCUACAUUUACCAAAAAAUGGUUGCGGACGUGGUUGGCGACUACUUCUUCAUCUGUCCCUCGAUCCACUUCGCCCAAUUGUUCGCCGAUCGUGGCAUGAAGGUCUACUACUACUUCUUCACGCAAAGGACGAGCACCAAUCUAUGGGGCGAGUGGAUGGGCGUAUUGCACGGUGACGAGGUGGAGUACGUGUUCGGCCAUCCCCUGAACAAGUCUCUCAAGUACAGCGACAAGGAACGAGAACUGUCCUUGAGGAUGAUACUCUACUUCUCCGAAUUCGCCUAUUUGGGAAAACCAACGAAAGAAGAAUCUGAAUGGCCAUCGUAUUCGAGAGACGAACCAAAAUACUUCAUCUUCGAUGCGGAGAAGACUGGUCUUGGUAAAGGGCCACGUACCACGUAUUGUGCUUUCUGGAACGAAUUUCUGCCAAAGUUGAAAGGAAUACCAGAUCCAGCGCCCGAGGCCUGCAGCGCGAUAGCCUCGAGCGUGUCGGCCGGUGAGGGGGGGCUAGGGAAUUCCCUAGCGAUCACGGCGCUGUCGUCGAUCCUUGUCCUGUCGAGAGUGAUUUAAAGUAAGGACGGGGGCCGUUUAUCGAUCGAGAGCCUCCUGAAAGCCGGCAACCCGGGGUUCAAAGACAGCAGUUGCUUGCACGGGUGUUAGGGCUUCGUCCAGGAUCUCAGUUUAGUGUGUUUCAUUUCAACACUCUCUGUUAAUCGUUCGGAACGGUCGAUGGAUCCCGGCUAUACCUUCUUUCCCUAUCGUCGUUCAACGACCACUUUUCUCCUCCUCUUCCUCCUCCUUUUCCUCCUCUUCCUCCUCCUCCUCGCGUAGAGAAAGAAUAAAUAAGAUGGAAGAAAGAAAACGAAUAAUAAUAGUAAUAAGAAUAAUAGUAAUGAUAGAUUCGAAGAAAGAGUUUCGACACAGGGAUUAUUCUCUUCGUAACCAAUUAACGUAACAUAACCUAGAAAUCCAAUUAGCGUGGCCAAUCCGUUGGGGGAGGGGAUUUGGGGAAAAUCCGAGCUUUGUGGCUGGGUCUUUCCGAUGGGAGCCGAACCACGAUGAAAGAUCGAUGAAGCGACCGUUGCUCGAUGAAACGAGGACAACACACAGUCUGACGAGCGAGCCUCUUUGGGGAAGUACCUUGGACCUUUAUCGAUUACAGGCGAGCGCCGAGUGGACGAAAAAUCCCUGAGCGAAGGAAACGGGGAGCAGAGGUUUAAAGGUGAAAAAUCUGUGGUGGAUCGUGAAGGUUGAAGGGCACAAGAAGAGUUUAUGGGAUUUGUUAACCGUGGAGAAUGGGCCGUCGUUGCGAUGAACGCGAGAUUUGCGUCCAAUUUGCAUAAAUAAUAGGGUGGAGGGAGGGUGGUUCGACGGAGCGAGGAGGAGAAGGGAAAAACAGGUGUUGACCGGGGAGGGGAGGCGUAAACAGUGGCCGUUUCGCUAUUAACCACCUGUUCGUGCAAUCGAUGGCCCGCGACACAAAAGUUUCAUUAGUAAGCAGCAACAAGUGCGCCAAACGAUUUUACAUAAGAAACGCCACACGAAGAUCGGAUCCAGGAGGAGGAGAGCCACGUUCUUCGAAGGAUUUCGCGACGUGAUCGAUAACGACUCUCGGCCUUCCUGGCCCUUGGACUGUUUAUACUCUUUUUAAACGGGUUUCGAAAGGAGUUGGAGCGGAGAUGGAGAUCGAUUCGGCAUCGAGUGAAAUUGCUUUUCGAGAGAAAAAAGUCGUUCGGGUUAUUUUUUCGGACAAUCGACACGCCAGAAGUUUCGAAUCGAUUCUCUUCUCUCGUGGAACGGGAAUCGAGAUUGAGAAAGUUUCCGAAAGAGACCGAAAGCCUGUUUUAUCCUCCGAUGGUAAAAAUGAAAAAUUCCAUCUUUUAAAACGUUUCAGCCUGCUUUUGCGAAGUAAAAAGAAUAGUACCAACGGUGGUUCCAGUUAAAUUAAAUCGCAUCAGUCAAUUUCGAUAUACAUAUAUAUAUAUAUACCAGAAGACGGAAUCAAAGAAAAGUUCCAACAUGGCGGAUGAUCCAACUCGCGAAUCCUAACCCGAAAGAGAUCCUCCAAGGAAGGAUAAAAUCCUUAACUCGAUACGAUAGACGAGCGAUCAAGUGGAGCAUGGAUCAACUGGUAAGGAGUUUUCCAAACCUCGAAUUCUCGAAACCGAUCGACCAUUGGAAACCGGUUUAAGGAUUCGAUGUACUCGAAAAUUCAACGGGUUAAGUGCAGUCUGAUGUCCUCGUGGUGGCUCGAGAACACUUUCGAACCGAGAGUGCCAUUUGCUCGUCGAAACGAAAAACGAGCAAGUAAGGUUGAAGAUUGGGAGGAGAAGAGGGAGGGAGGAGGGGUAUGAAGAGGAAAGGAUCGUGUCAGUUUCCCGUGGAAUUCACGCUCCGUUGCUUGCCCGUUCCACGGAUGAAAUUGGACAAAACUUGCCUCUCUCGAGCCUUGGAAUCGUUACAAAUAAAUUCUCUGUUUAAAAUAUGGUUCCUGCUCGCCUCUCUCGAACCUAGUCAAACUUAAUAAACUCGGGGAUAAGGAUAUGUAUUAUGAGCAUGUUCCAUGAACUGUAAAAAAAGAAAAGAGUGCAAAAGUUCUCGAGUGAUAGUUCUCUCUUCAACUUUGAAUACGAGUAUUGUUAUGUACAGUCAUAUUGGAUUUGUUGCCUGUUCUUGAAGUUGUACAACAAUUGGAGGGAUUAAUAUCCUAAUAACAUCUUUUUCGGAUUUUUGUGCAUCGAACGUGUUGUUCUUUCAGAGAGAAUUUCAGAGAUCUGGUUAAUUUAAGAUCUUUGAAAAUUCGAGACCUUGGUGAUAAGAUUCUGGAUAAAUUGAAAUGGAUGAUUGGAAAGUGGUUUAUAAAACAAUUAAACUAAAUAUAAUAUAUAAUCUAAAGGCAUACGUAUACGCCAUCUGUCGCCAGAGACGUUAAACAAUCACGGCGCCAUUGUUGGAACCUCUCUCGAUUCGGCAUUUUAAACGGAACUCUGAAAGAGUUCGAGAACGGAAACACGAGUCACGAAGGCAUUUCUGGAAGAUGAAAAGUGAACAAUUUCAACGACAAACGUCUUUCGAUCGACAAUAAAUCUUCGCUUUGAACAAAGAAGAACAACUUUCACGGCCUAAACGAGGGUCUUUCGCGCUUCUCAUCGAUCUUUGCACCACUUUUUUCUAUCGAUGUCGAAAUUAUCGUCCGCCUCGAGAACGUCUACAACAACUCGACUCAUUUUCUUUUUCUUGAGAAAGAGAAAUUUCUCUCAAAAAUCUCUGCUCGAAACUCGACUCAAACUUGUUUUACACCCGAAAUUAUUAUCUUUCGAUCGCACAAAAUGCUAUCCUCAUUCAACUCUUAAAAAAAAAUAUAAGCCGUUCUGCACUACGCAAGGAUCCAUAAGGGAGAAAAAAAAAAGGAAAAGAAAGGAAGAAGGAAAAUUUGGAAAGCAAGGACCACGCGGAUAAAAGAAAGACACCUUUGAUCUGGACUUUCAAGAUGGGCACAGUUAAAAUGACAAUACAGUCGAUGAAGUAAUCGUAGAUAAAAAUUAAAAAAUUGCUAGGAAAAUAUUUCAAAAGAACACUUAAAAAAAAAAAAUGAAAAAAAAAACGGAAAAUAGAGAGAAAUGAAGAGUACGUAACGCGCGGUGAGGAAAUAAUCUCGUCGUUUUUUUUUUUUUUUUUCUUAAGUAGAAAGACAGGAUGGAAAGACGGAGGGAGAAAAGAUCUCUUGCAAUCCAUUGGGAGAGAGAGAGGAGUCCAGGUCAAACUCGAGCGACUCUCGAGUGGCGGAGCGAAUGUCAAGGGUGCACCGUUGAAAUGGCAGUAUUCAUUAAAGGAAGAUAAAAGAGGAGGGAAAAGUGUAAGGAAUUUUAAAUAAGAGAAAGUAAACUGAAGUGUGGAAAAAGUGUGGAAAAAUAACGAGGCUUCUUUAUUCGAGUCAAUUCUCAGACUCUGCCAUAUGCAGCACGAUUCCUUCCAUCUUCGAACAGACAUUUUAUCGAUCCUUGAAGAACCGUGCAACCGGAAGAGGGAACAUAACGAAGAAGAAGAAGAAACACGACCACACGAUUGGAAAUGAAAAUAAAUUCGUUUCAUUUCCAAUCUUUUUUCCUUGCAAAAAAAAAGAGGGAAUAUGGGGUUAAAGGAAGGAAGACAGAGACGAAAAAAGAAGGAUUCGUGCACCCCUGAAACAGAAAAGAGGAUAAGAAUUAACGAGAUAAUAGCUAAAGAGUGGGAGGGGGGGGAUAUACGAUUUUUCAGCUUCGUCACACGGCUGCCAGAUAUUACACACAGAAGAAGAAAAAGAAACCAAAAAAAAAGAAAAAAAAAGAAAAGAAAACAGAGACACGAACACAAAGAGAAAGAUAGUCGUAUAUACGAAGACAAAAAAAAAGGAAGGAAAAAUAAAAAAAAAUGGCACUUCGUGAAGUAAUCUCUCGUACACGCGUAUAAAAAAGAAAAAGAAAAAAAACCAAGACAAAAUAGAAACUUAAGAGAUGUAUUAUUAAGCAAUGUAAAUAUACAUAUACAUAUUAUGUAUAUAUAUAUAUAUAUAUACAUAUAUAUGCAUAUAUACAUACAUAUCGAUCUACGCAUACGCGUGUAUAGGAUCCAUAUAUAUAUAUAUGUAUAUACGUAUAAUAAAUGCAAGCUGUAUAUCUUAUUACCGUGUGCCGUCGAGCAAAGUAGAAUAUAAGACAAUUUUAAGGCACCCGUGUAAUUUUUUUGCUCCGUGACGUAGGUGUCCACACAGCGACAUUCUAGAUAACGGAGAUCGAUUAAGAUAAAUAUAUACAUACGGAUAUAUAUAUAUAUAUAUGUAUAUAUACAUACCGUGCUAAGAGGCCAUUCGAUGAUUUCUCCAACAGUCGCGAGGACGCGCCGCGAUCGUUUCACGCGAGAUGAGUUCGAACGAGUCUCUGGGUGAUUCUUUUUCUCCACUGAAAUCCAUAUUAUACCACGAUUCCUGAAACGAAAUAUAGUGUUUCGAUCGGAAGAAAGAAUAAGAAGAGGAGAGAAUCCAUGAAUCCGAGAAAUCUGAAACGGAACUUUUAAUAAUCAGAAAAUUAAUUGAAUCUUAUUUUAUCUUUAAAACUUAAAGUUGAAAUAUCGUUCGAAAUAAAAAUUAUCGAAUUAUCGAUCGAUAAAGUAGAAAGCUGAUCUGAUCCGCCUCGAAUCUUAAAAGGUUUUUAAAAGCUUUGGAAAGCUUUGGAAGAAAUAGGAGUAAGUUUUUCGGGAAAUGUGUUACGAUAUGGUUUUUAAGUACAUAGUUUUUCCAAAGCUUCGAAACUUUCCCUAGAAAAAUAAAAAGAAAAGAAAAGAAAAUGGAAAAAGAUUCUCUCGAACGAGCUUAACCAUUGGUGUGCGCUGCAUGUAUGCGAACUCGUGCUCGUCUCGCGGCAAACGGCACGCUGAAACAUGAAUCUUCCAUUUGGUACAUAUCACCUAUAUAAAUAUAUCAUAUAUAGCGAGAGUUGAUUCUAUCGUUAGAGAUCUUUUCAGUAGCUAGAGCAUCGAGCGUUUAAUCACCGUGUGACAUUGCGUGCACAAACUAAAAAAAAAAUAGAAAAAAAAGAAGAAAAAAAAAAAGAAAACAGCGAAAACAGAGAGAGAGAGAAUGGAAAAAGGAGCGAGAGACAGAGAGAGAGGGAGAGAAAGAUUCUGGUAUUUUAAUUAAAACAAGAGAGAGAGAGAGAGAGAAAGAAGUAGCAUAAUCAUAUUUUCUACCGAGUAAUUAUCGUUAACUGUAGAUUAUAUCGUCGCAGAUUUCGAUAGUGAGCCUCAAUCUGUCACUAUUAAUGCUACUACGUCACUCGUUGAUUAAAUUGCAACUUUACAUCACGAAACCAAUUCCUUUUUUUUUUUUUUUUUCUAUCAAAACGAACAAUUAUGAAUCAAUCGUUGCGACAAGUAUCGAAUACUAUAAACGAAUCCCAGAUGGUUCACGUAUCGGGCGCACCCAUUCCUCAUUCUUUAUUCAGGAAUACUGGAUAUACCAAGAGAUUAUUAUUAGAAGAUACACAGGGUACACUCGCGAAUCAAAGCUCAAGCCUAGAGGGACAGGCCUAAGGAACAAUUUUUUCGAAGAGACCUAAUCAAAGCCUAACUUUUAGAUCUUAACCGGAUGCCUGAACUGGAAAACUUUAAAUCGUAGCCUAACUUUUUAAAAAAAGACCUUAAAACGAUUACACGUCUAGCUGUAAUUUUACUUGUGCCUAUUUCAAAACCUAACCUAACAACUGUUCGGGACCUAACUCUCCGCACCUAUCGCGCAUGCGCGCCUAAGGCUUCUAUUUUAUUCGAGGUGAAUAAAUAAUAAAUAAUCUCUGUCACGAGUGAUUCGUAGCCUUUUUGGUGACACGAAAUAUAUAUAAAAAAAGAAAGGAAAACAUACGUUAUCGCUUGACAAGUAUCCAGACAUUUUCAUUUUUAUUUUCUUGCCAAGUGAAGAUUGGAAGAAUGGGAUUGUUGUGGAAGCAACACUUAUUAAAGUAACGUUGAUUUUCUUUUUAUUAAGGAGAUCGAAUUGUGUAGAAUAACUGGAUGAAAAGUGUCUUAUUAUUAUCGAAGAUGAUCCAGUAUUAUAAAUGUUAAAAUAAUGUUCUGAAUCAGUGGAUGAAAUGUAAAUUUCAAUUUCCUGAUUAAUUUUCUAUCAAUUGAAGAAUCGAAGAAAUUUGUCUCGAUUUUCUCGUUUGUUACAAUUGGGUCAAUUGACAGUCCAAGAUGUUUCACAUAAUUUUUCCACCCAUUUCUCGACACUAACUCCAUCUGGAAAUAUUAUGCCUUUAUUCAAGGCAUAUUUUAUACGUCUCUUGUUUAUAUAUUCUCUUGCCAGCCAUCCCCUCAUCUUUACAUAGUACGUGCUUUGUACGAAUUGCGGGGCUCAGGAAAAAAAUUGCGCAAGUAUAUUUUUCUUUUUUUCACAAAAGCAAGAUAAGGGGAAAAUUCUGCACGUAAAGUUCAUAUUUAUCUGGAGAAAAAAAUGGUGCAAACGUGCUCGAAUAAUAAUAAACAAAAUCUGGUGAUAAAUCAGGAUUUGAAAUUUUGAAAAUUCUAUGAUUUUGAAUUCCUUUGUUACAAAUAUUCAUGUAGCUAUCGUAAAAUUAUCGACGUGUUGAAUUCAACAUGUCUCUUCUCGCUUGUAGAAACACAAUUUUAUCGGGGAAAAAAAUGAGAAAUUGUUCUGGAUACUUUCGAGCUGUAACGUGUCUUCUCUAAAAAAAAUUAGACAAAUAAGCGCAAGGACAUAUAUGCUUUUUCGGCGUUCAAACGCACCCUUUUCGUUAAUCCUUUGCCUUAUGAAUUGCCUUUCUUAGUAAUUAUCGUAGUAUUUGAUCUGGAAUCAGUGGUUCUCAAUCUCGAUUAACGACCUACACAAAUCAUUUUCGCCAUUUUUAAUUUAAUUUAAAUUAAAGAAGCGUCAUUCUGGCGAAAAAUGAAAAUUUCCAAUUUUCUUUAUAUUCUCUAUUGUGAAACGAGAAGAAUAAGUUAUUUGAAUAUUGUAAAAAGAAAGGGAUCGUAAGUUAUUUGAAUAUUACAAAGAGAAGUCACGAGAACUUAUUUGAAUAUUACAAAACAGGAUCGCAACUCGAUUAUUCCGCGAAGAAAAGAAAUUUUUAAUUCUUCCAAAUUUUCUCACGGGAGAAUUGCAAAUUGUUUGAACGAAAAGAGAUUACAAAUUAUUCGAAUAUUAAACGAGAAUGAUUUGCAACUCAAAAAAAAAGUAUUUUAACCAUCCUAAAGAAAGGAGUUGCAAGCUGGAAAUAUUAUUUAAAAUAAAUUUUCAAUUUUUGUUCAAUGUAAAUAGCGGCAAAGUAAUAACAAAAAACUCUAGCUAAAGUUCACACUACACACAUCAGACUAUAAUAUGAUAUCAAAACACUAAUAUUAAUCUUCGAACGAAGAACUUGAGGAAUUAUAUGGGAUAAGUACGCGUAACUCAAUUGACAAUUCCUGCCAGCCAGAUGUGACGUUUAUAAGGCAGAGGGUUAACGAUUAAGCACGUCCUCACAUAUCAUUAAUUGAUUACCCAUGCCGUUGAAAACUUAAUGUUAGGAUUAGUGCCUCGGCGUUGAAACACGCUCGAUCCAUUUCGCGACCUCUAAUCCAUAGAAGAGAGGAGCAGCCAGCCAGCCGGUUUUGUCUACGAACAAAUCGAUCAAUCUGUUAAACGAUUAAAUUUAAUCGAAACCGAUUAAAAUCGGUUCUCGGUUACGAAACUGUGAAACUUUCGAAAAAUGAGAAAAUUGAUCGAUUAUAACUUUUGUGUCUAUUCGCGGGAUAUGAUACAAUUAAAAUUAUAUUGCGGGUAUUUAAUAUCGGGUCUGGAUAUUGUUGAAUCGUUGGAAGGGUUCGUAGCAUUUGUGACAAUCGAUGGAGGUUAAAUUUGUUUCGAAAUGUUUCUUCUUUUUCUUAAAUUCAAAAAGUUUUUUUUUUCCUUUUAAAAAGGAAUAUUUAUGGCAAUUGAUGGUGAAUAAUUGGUAAAUAAUAUUGAAUAAUUUUGAAAUCUGAUUCUUCGAAUUCGAAACUUUGUUUCCAAAUUUCUCGAAUUCUUGAAAUUUCUUUCUUUAUUCUAAAAAAUUAUGUAGCAUUUAUUACGAUCAAAAUAUUAUCAAUAGAAUAAAAAUUUGAUAUUUUCAUCGUAUUCAAAAAAUUCAAGGAAUUUUUAUUGAAUUUUUCUGAAAUCCAAAAAAAAAAAAGGAUUUCUUUCUAAGGGAAUAUUUAUAUCAAAGAGAGCAAUGAAAUUUCUAACAAAUUCUACAAAUUCUUCGGACACGCCCUUAGUUACGUGCAAAUAAAAGAUUAAAUAUUAUUCUAAAUCCACGAGCUAAAAGUUAUACGAAAACGUCGAUACCAGAUAGAGGAUUAAACAGAUCCUAUUUGUCAAACUUUUCCUCCAUUCCAUCGCGAUUACCCCUCGAUCGUUUCUCUUACGUGCAGACGAGAGGUGAAAAUGUUCGAUAAAAUUAUUAAUCAUUUGCUCGUAUGGAAAGUUUGGUUACCGAAAUGGGUCAAUAUUUGUGUUUAGACAGUUUGUUCCUGCGUGUGCAGCUCAUAAUAAUAUAAUUGAUCAAUGCGUUCGAAAUGUGUGAACAGUUCUUGUGAUCAAUCUUUUGGCAAAACGAUGAAGACGAUGUAUAUGGGAACGAAUCUUUUUUUUUUUUUUUUCGUUUUCUCCUCAAAUAUUUGUUCACAGAAAAAAAAUUUCUUUUCUAUCUUCUUCUUCUAUCCUCUUCUAUUUUCCACACUUUUCAAAGAGAGAAUCUGUAAAGCCGUGUCUACAUUGUACACAAAUAUAUAUAUAUGUGUAUAUACAAGAAAGUUAUAUAUUAUCCAAUAAUGUAAAAAAUGUUUAAAUUUAUCGAUUGAAUAAAAGAAAUAUGUAUCAUAAUAUAAUAAUAUCGUAUGUAGAAUUUAGAAAUAGAAUUAAGGGAUGCGGUAUUGGGGGUGGAAAAUAUUUUAGAGACUCGUUGCGAAAACUGAGCUAAGUUUUGGAAACAAAUUUAGUGUAGACACAGCUUUAACGUUAGUCUACCACUCUCUAAUUUGAAUAGGAAAUGAAGGAGUCGUGUUCAUAUAAUACAGGGCAAUACAGAAAGUAGUUUUGGAACAAGCAUAUUCAGUUGCAAUUAUAACACCGGUACAUCUCUAAAAAGUUUCAGAGCAAUAAUUGGUUUUUAAAUCUGGAGAAAAAUAAGCAAAAUUGAUAGUUUUCGUUCAGGAAAGAUGAUGAAUUUGAUAAGAAAAAAAAAGGAAAAAAGGUUUCUAAGAUAAAUUUCUAAAUACCGUUUCUUUAUUGAAAUAUUUCUAUAUUUCAAUUCCAUGCUGUAUCAUUUUUCCAAAGAAUAUAUAUAUUUUUAUUCGUUAAGAAAGAUUCAAGAUUGAAAUUCACUGUAUUUCAAUCUUAUUAAAAAAAUCUAUUUUUACCAAUUCUGUGCCACAAUUUUUAUUCCUUGUAAAAAAAAGAAAAAAGGAAAAGAAAAUUCGAAACGUAAAAUUUCUCAAGAUCUAUGGAAAAGUUAAUCUUAAUAAUUUUAAAAUAAUACAAAAAUAUUAUUUAACAUUUUCAAGUUAAUCUGAAACUUUUCACACGCCUCUUCGAAGGGAGGGAUGGAGAAAGAAACGUUGAGCAAGUAAGCAACGAAAAUAUUAAGCAAGUCUCUAACUCCGCAAGAGAACGAUUCAGGAAGAGACGAAACGCAUUUCUCGCGAGGGUAACCAUUUCUGAGUCGGCCUAAAUCGUUUCAAAGAUUGAAUGGAAAAAAUGCACGCACACACACACACAUGUAUAUACACAUUUUAAUUUCUAUAUUGUUAAACAAGAACGAAAGAGUAAACUUGGGAAGGGAAUGCAAAAGUUGCAAAAAGAAAAGCACGGGAUUUUAUGAAAGAAAAGAAUGAAGAAUAAUUUUUUCCCUCUAUUUUUAUUCGCGAGAAUAAUUAAAGGUUGGUGGGAAAAAAUGUAGAUCGAACGGAUUAAUCCGUUUGCCUUACCUGACUCGUGAAUUUAACUUGGAUAAAAGAAAAGAAGGGGGAAAGGAUUAAGGGUUGAAAAAGUUGAGGAUUAAUUUAACUCGUUGCUGAAGUGGAAAAUAGUUUCAAUAGUUGUGGCUCUGGUGAUUUGAAUUACUUGUAAAUAAAGUUUUAUUAAUAAUUUUUCCUCAAUUUUAAGGUUACCUAACCUAACUUGUUGGCAGAAGUGGGGAAAGAUUAUCUUUCUAAUUUUAUGUAUUACAUUGGUGCCUAUGAUGAUAUGUCAUUUUAAAGUUUUAAUAGAUCUUUUAAUUAAUUAAUAUAUAUUUUAUAUUUUCAAUUAAAUUUUAUCCUUUAAGGAUAGAAAUAAUUUAUCCUUAUUCUUCCCCAAAUAAUGAAUACAUAUUUUCAUAAGUUUAAAUCUAUAUAAAAGAAAAAAAAAUCAUAUUUACAAUGAUUUUUAAUAAAAGAAUUCCUAUUCUUUUGCAUUGUCUUAUAUAUCAUUCAAUAUUUACACGCAAUUUCCCAUAUAUUAAAAUUUACAGAAACAUAAUUUCCGCCAUCUUUCGAUCGAUCGACUUGUCCAUCUAAAGUCUAACUAAAACUAAAACUUCGUCACAAUUCUCCUUUAUGCCACGAGAAAGAGAAUCGUUAUUCCCAUCGCGACUCGUUGAAUUCGAUAUACAAAGAUAUACCGAACUAAUAAUAAAGGGAUAUAAAGAUCGAGGCGAUUGGAAGAACGAGGUGGAUGGAGGAUAAAAAAGGGGGAGGGGAGAGGAAUGAAAAAAAUAAAAAAAAAGAAUAACGCUGGUCGAAUCGAGCGGUGGUCAUUUCGCUAAUUAAAUAACUCGAUGGUGCGUGAAUGCUGUUUCAUUUCACCGUUGGUUCGCAGUGGUUUUCGUUCAACAUCGAUGCUUUGCCAUGCGUGCGUCGAUAUGUUGCACUUUCUCACGGUGGACGCGUGAAAACCAAUACCGUAAAAUUCUCGUUCUCUCUCAACCGAUUAAUUAAAGAUUCGUCGAUUUUAAAUUUUAAAUUGUUUUUUUUUUGAUAAUGUUUCGUUUUUUUAUUGUUAUUAUUAUUAGGUAAUUAUUUACAUAAGAAGGAUUAAUGGUAGAGUUAGGUUAGGUUAGAUCUAAGAAUUUAUCGUUUCGAAUAUUUUCAACCAUGUUUCAUUUUUCGUUGCAUCGUCCACAAUUUUUCAUCUCUUUUUUUGAAUCCUAAUCAAGUGUUUAAAAUUCUUCUAAACACAGUCGAAUUCAAUAAUUAUUUUUAUUUAAUAUCAAAAUUUAAAUUUUCCAUAAGCAUUUGAUUCAGAAUCAAUUCAGCUUGAUUUCUCUCCAUUGUAUAAAAAAUUUAAGGUACAAUUUACUCACAUCUAACGAUCCAAAAUCAAUUCAAACCAAAUUCAAGUCCACUUUAUCGACUGGAAAUUUCUUACAACCCAACAAUUACCGACUGGACAGCUACAAAUUAGCGAAAAGAAUGGCGCGAAGUGGAGGGGGGGCGAAAGAAUACAAGCGGAUAAUGAUGGCGCUGGGGUAGAGUCAAAAGAACGUGCGGUUAUAAAACGAACAAAAGGUACGAUGCUUCUUUCCACCAUCCUUCUACUUGAUGGAAAAGGAGAAAAAAAAGGAGGAAAGAGAGGAGGUAACGAAUCGUUCGAAGAAAAAAAGACAACGGGAGAGCGAAAACGAGGAGGAUGAGAGCGGUAUUUAACCCGAAAGAGCAAGGUCGAAGAAAGCGUAGUGCUGUACCACUGGAAAGUAGUAACGGCGUGGCGAAUCCGCUUAAGCGGGAGGGAAAAAGCGAAAUGGAGACGAUUUCCCGUGAAAAACCUGCGAGAAGAAUAAGAAUUGCGUGGAUGAGGAUGAGUGAAAUAGCGGGAAGAUGGUGAUAGAUCGGGAUAAUAAAUUGUUGUUAAAAUGAAAUUUUCUUACGAGAAUUGCGAUUUUUAAAUCAUUGAAAUCUGCAAGAAUGGAAGGUUAAUUAAAGCGGAUUAAUUGUACGAGACGGAAGGGGAAAAUUUGUAAAAUUGUAGAUAUUUUUGACUUUCAAAAAGUGAGGUUAUAAAAAAAGAUAUUAGACGAUAUUGAUGAAUUAGUUCGCGUAUGUAUAUACAAAUUUUGAUAUGACGAGAUUUUAGAAAUAGAUUGACAACAAUUCAUCCGAUGAUGUUUCUGCUUGACUAAUAAAAUUUAGAAAAUUUUAGCGUCUCGAUGUACAUAAAAUAUCCCUCUAUAUUUCUGUCGAUCGUCGAAAUUUUGAAUUUCUCCCAUUCUGAUCCAUUCCCGAUUGGAGAGGAAUUUCGAUACCAGGCAGUCGAAAAUUACAAUCACAGAUUGAAACAGAAGAAACAAAGAGUCAAUUAAGACGUCUGAAAUAAGGAUAAAUUAACGGAAAUGGUUACAAAGUGGAGUUGGAACUUGCUAAUUGUUCGCGUUCCUAAGAGAAACCAAAUUAUAUAUCCUAUAUUCCUAAAAUCCGAUUAUAUAAAGUUACUUUAAGUUGCUAAGAGCCAAGGCUGAAACUUACGUAAACACGACAUCUUUGAAACGCUUAAAUAGAGGAAUUUACAUAUUGUUUUUGUCGAGAUUCAAAAAUAUAUUAAAAUGGAAACAUGAUAUUUUAUCAGAGAUAGAAUUAUAAAUAAUGUUGUGCACUUAAAUAUAUAAUAAUUAUGUAUACAUAUAUAUAUAUAUACAACAAUGUUACGAAAUUACAUUGACGAAUAAUAAUAUUUCUAUCUCUUAAUAUUAAAAAGCAUGCAAAAAUAAAAAAAAAAAAAAAUAAAAGAUCCAAAACCCGUCAUUUUCACGAGCUUAAUAAUCUAGUAACAUAACCUAUAAUAACAAUUAAAGGAAGAGAGCAGAAAAUAUCGAAUCAAAUGCCAUGAUGUUAACUUUUAAAUAUAAAAAAAAAAAAUCCUGCUCAAAAACAACAACAAUAAUAAUAAUAAUAAGUAUAUGCAAUUUAUCUAUACAGAAGGGGAAUAAAGGAGAAAAUUUUCGAGCGAAAGGAAAAGUCGUGAUUCUCGAGGAUAGCAAGAUUUCGUGGUUUAAAAAUAGAGGCUGACGUGUGUAUACACCGCCAUCAAGAGCCGUCUAAAUUAUUCCACACGUAGAGAAGGAAAUUUUUCGCCAUUUUCGCUCCUUCUUUCUCCUUUUCUUUUUUUCUUUUCUCUCCUCCUCCUUCUCCUCCUCCUCGAAGCGAGAAAGAGAGAGAAAAGAAAAAGAACACGAAGAAAGAGGAAAGCCAGAAGCCCGCGAGGCUUGGUACACUUUGAGGCGAAGAUGGAAACGGUGAAAGGAAGAGAUGAAUACGCGUGCAUAUAGGCGCACACCUGGCACACCUCGCCCCCUAAGCACGCUUCAAAGCCAUCCCUUUGAUCGUUUCCGCGGGGCAAACUCGGCCUAAGUGGGCCAACACCCGGAUUCCGGCAACAAACAACACCAGCUGUGUUUUAUUUCUCGCGGAAAAAUGUGUGGCCCUCGUGUAAAAAGAAAGAAAAAAAUAUGGAGGAGGAAUUGAUCGACAGGAAAAUUCAUUUUCGCGAUUAUAAUGUUCUUUCCGUGUUACGUUAUCACGAGGAUCAUUUCUAAACGUGUAAUUCCUUGGUUUUCGCUUGAUACUGUAACUCUAGAUCUGAGAUUUAGUUGUUAUUUAGUUGUUAUCUAGUAAUUAGUUACUAUAUCUAGUAACUUUAUUUGAAUUUCAAUCUAUCACAAUUUAUAUUUAACUUUUCAGAUCGGUAAUUUUAAUCUGAUUUGAUUUGAUUUUACUUUCAUUUCAAUUUGUAAUUAAUCUUUUUGGUUCCAAGUCAAUGAAUCGGAUCAGUCAUCUCAGAUAUUCUCAAUUGAAAUUAAAUGAACAUUGAUUAGAUAUUAAAAAUAACAUGAUAUAACAAUUGUACUCGUCUACAUAAAUUCGUUUAUUGAUCGAAAUUGAAGAAAGUUAGAUAUCUUUUCACCGAAUGAUGAAAUAAUUCAAGAUAAUCGAAAAAAAGCGUUAAUCUCUUCGCUGGAUCGAAGGAAGACAGAGGAGGAAGCGUUUGAACACAUCCUAGGGACUUUUUUUGCUAGAAAUCUGCUCAAUGAUCAUCUAAUAAUAAAUUUUCCAAAAAAAAAAAAACGAUUUCAUUCUUCUUAAUAAAAAUAUUUUCGUUAAUCUUUUCUCUUGUCUUCAACAAUCUGUUGUCGAUUCAAUUUUUAUUAUUCUACCUUUUUCUUCUUUCUUUAAUAUCCCUAUAUAUGUAUAUAUAUAGAGAGAGAGUUCUCACGUUCCAUUUUUGAGAUAAAUAAGAGAAAGAGAAUAAAGAUAAAAAUGUGCUCAACGAGGAUAACCUCUCUUCUCCAUAUGCUUAUAUAGUCACGUGUCAAAAAGUAUGAGAGAAUGAAAAAUGAAAUUAUUAGUUCCCUGAAGAAAGGAGGAUAGUAAACAGAGAAUGAGAGGAAGAAUAAUUUUACUUUGUCUUAUACGUAUAGAGCGCGCUAAUUAAUAACGACUAAAUACACGAUUGUAAUACCACGAUUACGUGCAUGUAUGUACAUAUAUAAUAUAUAUAAUGAUAUAACACCGUAUCUCACAAAUCUAUUCUAUUAUAUAUGUGUGUAUAUAUAUAUACAUAUAUAUAUAUAUAUAUACACACAAUUGAAUUUUAUAUAUUAUAUAUAUUAUAUAACGAUAUAUAUAUAUAUAUAUUAUAUGUAUGUAUGUAUGUAUGUAUGUAUGUAUAACACUUGCACGGAGUGCUCGCGCUUUUGCUUUUCGUCAAUCGAGGUAAAAAAAAAAAAGAAAAAAAAAGGAAAGCAGAAGGUUGUGUAAAAACAAGCGAAAGUAAUACAAAAAGAAGAAGAAGAAGAAGAGGAAGAAGAACGAAAGAUAAAGAAAAGAGAAUGUGGGGAGGGGGGAAAUAAGAUAUAUUAACGAAACAAAAAAAAGAGAAAUAUAUAAAUAAAUAUAUAUAAAUAUAUAAAUAUAUAAAUAAAUAUAUAUAUAUAAAGAAAAAGGAUGAGAGUGAGAAAUAUUGUGUACAUGUGUGAGUGAAAGGAGAGAGAGAGAAAGAGAGAGAAAGAAUAAAAGGGAGAGAGGGAGAAAUUCCUGUGAAAAUUAUGAGUGUGCCGCGUUAAACGUUGUUAGGUUAUGAAGAAAAAUUAAAAAUAAAUAAAUAAAUAAAGAUAUUAUAAAUGUUAUUACACACGUUGUACGUAAUGAGUUAAAUGGACAACAAAGAGAACAAAGAGAAAAAAAAAAAGAGAAAAUUGUGAAAGAAGGGAGAAGAAAAGAAAAGACGAUGCUAAUGUAUAAGAAGAAAUUAAUGUAGUUACAAAUGAAAUAAACGAUACGACGAUUACUACGA